AGCUGUUCCUGACUCUUUGUACUCGAGACAGGUGAUAAUAAAGGCUCAAAAACUGCUCAGUCAGUUUACAAACAAAUUGCAAAGCAGAAGUACCGAUAAGGAGAGUAGUACUAGAACUCUAGAUCGUCCAGUGCAGCCAUGAACACCUGCCCUCUCAUACUAGUGGCCUUGAUAUUGGCCUUCGUAAUCCCGAAUCCCAGUUUUGGGUAUUCCCCCCGAGAAGAUGCCCGGCUCAUUAGGCAAAUAAAGCGAGGAGAAGCCCUAAAUCAUGCCAAGAUCGCUAGGGAUUUGGUCCAUCGUGCUAAUUGGGCAGCCUUGGGAAGUCUGUCAACCAACAAAUUGGUGGAAGGAUAUCCCAUGGUCAAUAUUAUAUCCAUAGAUGAUAGUGAUGCCAAUGGUAACUCCACGGGAAGGAUUCGCUUUUUGCUGACCGAUCUGGAUUUCACUGGUCCCGACUGGCAAAGGGAUAACAAGGUGACAUUCCUGUUCAGCGAUGAGCAGACUCUAAGGUGCAAGGAUGGAGGAAAGGACCCAAUGGAGCCUACAUGUGCCCGCUCCAUGAUCAGCGGACAGGUCAAAAAAAUGGAUCCCACCGAAAGUGGAUAUCAACCUUCGCUGGAUGCCUAUGUGCACCGUCAUCCAGCUGCCAAAAAUUGGUUAAAGGCCCACAAUUUCUACCUUUGCGAGCUUGACAUACUCAAUAUCUUUGUGCUGGAUUUUUACGGAGGUCCUCAUAAAGUCAGCGCCACCGACUAUUAUGCUGUUUCGAAUUGACGAUCUUCAUAAGGAAACAAUCUGACGAAUCAUAUACCUUGUUUACUGCGCAAUCAACCAAAUAUAUGAAUAUAUACAUAUAUGAAAUGCACAUAAAGAAGUGAAUCAGACAAAAGAUAAUUACAAAAGCCACUUUUCAGAUAAGCACUGUGAUUUCAGUCAGUAGAACAAUAUCAUUUAUACAAAAUAAAUAUGUAUACUCCGUAAAA